AGGAAAAAGGACUGAGUAAUCACAACCGUUCAAAUUCUUCCGGCAGCUUUUGGGUGAUCUUUCUCUCACUCCCACUCUCCAUCAUGGAUAUGAGAAAGAUCUCCUGCGCCAUCAUCAUCGCUGCUACCUCAGCGAGUGCAGUCCUUGCUGCCGAGGAGGGCUUGGGCCCAGCGCCUGGGCCCGCCAUGCACAGUGGGUCUGCUGCGGUCACACCUGCCCUCGGGCUGGUGGGGGCCUCGAUCUUGUCCUUUUUCGCCUUUUACUUGCAGUAGGCCUCACGGGAAAAAGAAGAAAGAAGACUCUCAAGGGAGAUAAGAAGAGAAAGGAA